CAGUGUGGACCAGUUAGUGGAACCAGUUAGUGGAACCAGAUAGUGGAACCAGUUAGUGGAACCAGUGGGACCAGUUCUCUCCAGGAUGUGGGUGUUUCUGCUGACGGUCUGUCUGCUGGAUCAGAACCAGGCUUUGCCAUGGGAACACAGCAGCCUUCAGCUUCAACAAGUGGCUCCGACAGCACCCUCUCCUACUCCUCAUGUGGGUCAACAGAAAUCAUCCUCCUCUUCCUCCUCCUCCUCUUCAUCAUCAGUUUCUUCAGAGUCCAGCCAGAGUUCAGAGGAACCUCAACUGAUGAGAACGGGGCUGCACAACACGUCUACCAGCAGUCUGUUGCUCAGUGAACUCGUUCUACAGACAGACAGACAGACAGACGGACAGACAGACAGACAGACGGACAGACAGACAGACAGACAGACAGACAGACAGACAGACGGACAGACAGACAGACAGACGGACAGACAGACAGACGGACGGACGGACAGACGGAGACGCCCGCGAGGAGAGCCGACAGCGGGCUCUGUUGUUGACCUUUCACCUCCUGACUCCACCUCAACGACCCGGUCCCGCUGCAGGUGAAGCUGCCGCCGGUGUGGGCGGAGCUACC